UGAGUCUUUGACUUUAAAAUACAAAACAUAUGUCAAAGAUGGGUUUUUAUUUUGUAAGCUACGACCGGAAACCUUCGCUCUUCCGGUUACCUUUACCGUUGGUGUGUUACGGAGGGUCUCCUCUGUCUCUAACGGCCACCGGAUCCAUUCUGUCAUUUUUUCCACCUAAAAUCAUUCAUUGUUUCCCUCCAACAUGGCGGCCACAGUCCGCCUCCUUCCCGCCUUCACGUUGGCGCUGUUGUCUCGUUUUCCCGCCGCGGUGUCCUCGCGCAGAGACGUGCUCGAGCUCGGGGACGCGGACUUCGACUACUUGGCAACGGAGCACGAGACCAUGCUGGUGAAAUUCUACGCUCCAUGGUGUGGUCACUGUAAGAAAUUAUCUCCAGACUUUGAGAAAGCAGCGAGCCGACUGAAGGGAACCGUCCAGCUGGCAAAGGUGGACUGUACAGCUCACUCAGAGACCUGUAGUCGUUUUGGGGUGUCAGGUUAUCCCACGCUGAAGAUCUUCAGGAACGGCAGAGACUCCGCCCCCUACGAUGGACCUCGCACCGCAGACGGGAUCUAUCACUACAUGAAGAAGCAGACCGGACCAGACUCAGUCCACCUGAAGACUGAGGAAGACCUGCAGACCUUCAUCAACCACUAUGACGCCAGUAUCGUCGGUGUGUUUUCAGGUGCAGACAGCUCUCACCUGUCAGAGUUCCUGAGAGCAGCAGGUCUGCUGAGAGAACAGUUCAGAUUCGCUCACACUGUUGAUCUGAAGCUGGGAGAGAAAUACAGAGUGAGCUCUGAGUGUGUGCUGCUGUUCAGACCUCCCAGACUGAACAAUAAGUUUGAGGACAGCGUCGUGGUCUUCACUGAUUAUCUGACCAUCGGCUCUCUGAGACGCUUCAUCAGAGAUCACAUUUAUGGCCUGUGUCCUCACAUGACCGUGGAGAACAGAGACCGUCUGAGAGUCCGGGACCUGCUGACAGCGUACUACGACCUGGACUACCAUCACAACAUCCCCCAGUCCAACUACUGGAGGAACAGGGUGAUGAAGGUGGCAUCUAAGUACUCUGGGCGGGGCUUGACAUUUUCAAUCGCCAAUAAGAAGGACUUCCUGUCUGAGCUGGAGGAAGACUUUGGUCUGGGAACGUCAGACGGAGGAGAGCUGCCCUUCGUCACCCUCCGGACCAAACUGGGCCAAAAGUACACCAUGAGAGAGGAGUUCACGAGGGACGGUCAGUCGUUGGAAAGGUUUCUGGACGAUUACCUGGCAGGUCGACUCAAACGUUACAUAAAGUCUGAACCUGUUCCUGAGAGAAACUCUGCUGCUGUCCAGAUGGUUGUUGCCGAGUCUUUUGACGACAUCGUCAAUGAUCCAGAUAAAGACGUUCUGAUCCAGUUUUACUCUCCGUCCUGUGCACACUGCAAGAAACUGGAGCCGGUCUACAGAGAGCUAGCUGACACGCUGUACUCUGAUCCAAACAUCGUGGUCGCCAAGAUGAACGCCGUUGACAACGACAUCCCGCUGGGUUACGACGUCCACGGGUUUCCCACCAUUUACUUUGCUCCAGCGGGUAGGAAGGACGAGCCAAUCAGAUACGAGGGCGGGCGCGAGCUCAGAGACUUCCUGAAGUUCCUGAAGCGCGAGGCGGGUCGCAGUCUGGCGCUGAGCGAGUCCAAAGACGAACUCUGACACAUCCACCAAUCAGGACCCACCAGCUCGUCUCCAUGACAACGGACAUGUCCAGAAUCUGGACCAGAGACAGGAAGUAAUGGUCAGACAAUCCAAUCAGAUUCUCCCGUCCAUCAUGAUGUCAUACAUGACAUCAUUACCAGGCUGCCUGCUGAUUCAUUAGUAAACAGUUUUUAUUUAUUUAUUUAUUUAUGUUGCAUUGG